AUGGAUGAGAGGCAGCUCUUUUUGGCGAUCCAAAAUCCGAGGCUUACCGAGCAUUUGGCAUCCAGCCUUUUCCGUCGCAUUGACAGGACAGGCUGUGGGCGGCUCAGCUGCCACGAGCUUCUCAAAUUUCUACCAGUCCUCUACCAGGAGCUUGGACUGUCUUUGGUCAAUGACACGGCAACGCAUCAAAAACUGGUGCGCAACCGCAUGCGAAAGUUCGAUCGCUCUGGGGAUGGCUGCCUCAACCAAGCAGAGUUCUUGGAGCUGUACAGGUGGACGCUACACCGGAGGUACGAAGAUCUAAAGCCGCCGAAGUUUGGGCGCAGCAGUAUGCUUCGAGGAGCCAAGAAUGGGGUGCCGGCCCAGUUCUACGACUUCGGCGGCAUGCUAGGUUCUGGCAGCUUCGGUAUUGUUCACAGUGUCACUCAAAAGGCCACGGGCAUCAGACGGGUGAUGAAGACCGUGAACAAGAUGAAGCUUGAAGAAAGUAACACACCUCUUUCCUGCCUGGAUCGAGAGAUCCAACUCCUGGCUAUGCUGGACCAUCCCCGGAUUGUUCGUCUCUACGAGUGGUAUGCAGACACCGAGAACGUGUACAUAAUCACUGACGUCUGUGAUGGUGGGGAGCUCUUUGACUUGGUCAAGGCCAGCCAGGAGCAGAACCAGCUGAUUCCUGAGGAGUGGAUCCGCCGGAUCUUCACGCAGGCAACGGAAGCCAUUAGCUACUGCCAUGGGAAGGGCGUCAUGCACAAGGAUCUGAAGUUCGAGAAUCUCCUGCUGCAGCCUCUUGGCUCUCUUGGGCUGAGAAGUGGCAUGUGA